GAAGAAGAAUAUGAGGAAGAGGAAGAGAAAGAAGAAUAUGAGGAAGAGAAAGAAGAAUAUGAGGAAGAGGAAGAAGAAUAUGAUGAAGAAAAAGAAAAGUAUGAGGAAGAGAAAGAGAUAGAAGAGCAUGGGGAGGAAGUUAAGACAAAGGUAUGCCCAUUUUUUUGGAGGAAGGAACCGUGCCUCUCUACAGACUUUAUAAAAGAACAUCAAAAACAAAAGAACCAGGUUUUUCAAAAGAAAGGACAAAGAAAGGUAUGCCCAUUUUUUUGGAGGAAGGAACCGUGCCUCUCUACAGACUUUAUAAAAGAACAUCAAAAACAAAAGAACCAGGUUUUUCAAAAGAAAAGACGAAGAAAGGCAUGUCCCUUGUGCGGCAAAAGUUUAGUGAAUGUGUCCAGACACAUAAAACAAAAACACAGGGUCUCAGAUAAUUACCGAAAAGCAUGCUUGGUGGAGAUGAAAGCAAAGGAGAUGGAAAAAUUGGGUAAAACCCGAAAAUUGACCCAGUGCGGAAAAUGUGGCAGCUCUGUGGUUAGGCUCGACAGGCAUCUUCGUGUAGUUCAUAAACUACAGAAGUAUGAAUCGGAUUACAGAAAACUAAUGAAAAGACGAAAAAAAGAAGCCACCGAAAUCCAUCCAUUUGUAGCCUAUCUGCGGAACACACGUGGACACAGCAAACGCAACAGUCAACAAACACUUACAGAGCUGCAUUACAUCUGUGAUGGGGAUUAUUCCAACAUCUUUAAUGGCAAGUUUAUAAGGCACAAACUUGAACAACUGAGAACUCAAAGAACUGCAUCUACAGUCCGGCACUAUUUGACUAGUGGCCAACUCUAUUUGGAGUUCUUAACUCUUGAGGAACCUGACAUCCCUGCUGCGAAUAUGGUGCGGGCUCAAACUGUUAUUAGGGUCUUGGGAAAAUCAUUGUCAAAGGCUUUAGCCUGCCAACGUGAGGCGAAAAAAAGCAAAAUAAAUGGUAAUAUUAUCGAUAGAAAAUUUAAAAAAAAAAUUGUUUAAUUUUAGCA